AUGGAGGAGCAGCAACUAACAUCUGAUCCGAUGGAUUUUGAAUGGAGUUCAGCUACGAAAGCAGGGGCCGAUGAUUAUUCAGACAUAAGGCUUCGGCUACUUACUUUAUCCGAUGCCGGCGAUUGUACGGAAUGGCUUUCCGACGAAAAAGCGGCUAAAUUCUGCUUUUACGAUUGUUUGACAUCCAAAGAGGAUGUGAUGAAUUACGUAGCUAAUGUUCUUAUCCCUCAUCCAUGGCACAGGGCAAUCUGCCUGAAAGAUAAGCCCGUCGGUUCUAUUACCGUGACGCCAUUCGCCGGCGAUCAGUAUCGGUGCCGGGCAGAAAUCGGUUAUGUUCUGGGACCUAAGUAUUGGGGUAAAGGGAUUGCUACAAAGGCAGUAAAAAUGGUGACUUACUCUGUGUUUCGUGAGUGGGCUAAUCUUGACAGGCUGGAAGCAAUUGUGGAUGUGGAGAAUUUUGGGUCACAAAGGGUGUUGGAAAAAGCUGGUUUUUGCAGGGAAGGUGUUCUGAGAAAGUACUGUGUUCUUAAGGGAAGAAUACCAAGAGACAUGGUUAUGUUUAGCAUUCUCUCCACUGAUCCUCAAGUGCAGUAUUUCAUGUUCAAUUGA